AUUCGUCCUUUUUUUUUUUUUUUUUUUUGCGGGUGUAGGGUUCGUCUGUUCUGAGAGGUGAGAGCCCAGACCUCGGCCGCCGCCCUCUUCUUCUUCUCCGCCAAGCCAGCCGGCCAUAACCCUCCUCCUCCGGUAAGGGUCAGUAGCGCGCCAGAUCUUUAAAUUUCCGCGGGAGGGCUGCUGAGCUUCACGCUCCAGUCCACGCCGGAUCCGACACUGGAUUUGAAUUUGAAUUGAAUUUCAGUGUCUGUCCGUCCGUCCGCCUUGCUCUGGCGCCACAUCUUCCUUGUUCUUCUUCAUUCAUUCAUGGGAGUACUGCUGUUUAUCAAUCUAUUUAUAUGACUGGAUCAAUAGCAGCAGCACUCGGAUUGCACCUCCAGGGUACGGAUAACUUUCCAAUUCGUCGGAAUAAUAAUAAGAGUAAUAAUCGGCGAGCUUGUGUAGCUGCAGUCCGACUGGGAGGGGGCUUUGCUGCCCCGGCGCAGCGCUGAGUUAUUAUAAAUAGUGGCAGAAUAAGGACGAGGAUUGGCCUGCAAUAGUCGAGAGCCUCCACGGUUGCCUUAAACAUUCAUUCCAAGCCUUCGCCGGAGCUGCGAUAUACCACUUCGACCGAACCACCGAAAUACAGCUUCCCACAUCGCCAAUGGAGGGGAAUAAUAGCGAUCACAACGACAGUUCCCACAGCCAAAUAAGUCCCCUCUCGUCUUGAUCGCCAUGCCUCUCUGUUCAUAUUUUUGUUCUUAUAUUAAUGUAACACUAUAAGCUCUUGAGGGUUAUUGUAGCAUGCAAUGUAAAUGUUGAAUGUUUUGUUUUUUAAGUUGUUUUUCUUGCGUGUUAUGAGCUAAAUUACCUAUAAUUUAGGUGGUUUUGACAGAGUGAAGAAGUAGUCAAAAAUUAUAGCCAGGUUUGGGUUCAAAGUUUCGCUGUGCCGCCAUGACUUUGUUUUGUUUUUGCCCACUUCAACAUGUAGAACUAUGAACCUGGCCAUAAUUUUUCUAUUGGAACAUUUAAUUGAUCAUGUAGGAAGGAGAACAGAAAGCAAUGACGACAAAAAAAAACAUGCCGAUGUAAAGAGAUGUCUCUCUUUGUUCUGACGAUAUAAAGCUCCAGUUUACAUCUCCUGUAUGGCAGUGAUGGGAAUGAUUUUUAUUUUCUUCUUUUGCACAACUCCUGCAUCCAUUCUCUCGAAAGCUUUUCGACGAUUACGUGGAUUGAUGCAUACUUUUCAUAAUAAAGUUUGCAAGUAUCGGAGGGCGACAAUUAGCAGGAUUUCUUUAUAUGGCCACUGAGGUUUUACCUAGAACCAUACACAGCAGACUGCAUGGUACUGUAGCGGCAAAUUUAGCGGUCAGAUCGUUACUAAUCAACACACUGUAGUUGUGUUUCCAUCAUCUUGGAAUUCAAAGUUUCAGAGUUGGUAUGCUGUAGUACUAGAGAUAAUCAAGCAAUUUUCACGCUAGAGAGAUUUUAGUUCCUGUCACCAUGUGUAACUAUUCUCUGUUUGGUAUUUCUGAAUAAAGUUAUGGCAGCUAAAUAAUGGAUGCUUGAUUUAUGUUGCAGCAACUGGACGACGAAGAUAGACUCAGCGCUCUAACUGAUGAUAUUUUACUGUCCAUCUUGGGGAGAGUCAGUUCACUUGUGGCUACAAGGACAAGUGUGCUCUCUACACGGUGGAGGCAUCUGCCUUGGUUGCUGCCUGAACUCAGCAUCGAUGUCCAGGAUUUCCUAUCCACUCCGUACGCUGACCUUGUUGAGGCAAAUGAUAUGGAACAAGCCAUGGCGUCUUUGACCAAAGCAACCAGGAGUUUGUUAGAUAAACAACAGAGAGGAUCCACUAUCUCAAGUUUGCGCCUUAACCUCUAUUUGAUCAACACUUUCCUUUGCGAAGUUGGCCCACUGUUAGGUGAUGCGAUCGACAGUGGUUUGUUGAAAGAUUUAAAUCUCGGCAUUCUUGAUGAGACAAAGACUCUGGACCGUAGCGACGAAGAGAUGCAACAGCGAGCUCAAGACAUAGAUGAUUUUUUCACUGCCUACCCUAGUGUGCUCCACUGCCUCACAAAGCUCUUUCUAAAAAUUGUAGGCUUUGACAAAUUGGACAUGCACCAUGUCCUGUUUGACUGCUGCAAGCAACUUAAGCAUCUAACCCUUUAUCAUUGUGAUACUGGUUCCUACUCUGUCUUUAAGAUUGAUGCGCCAGACUCAAAACUCUGUGUUCUUGAAAUUGAGAAGUGUCGCUUUCUGAGAAUCGACCUUGUCUGCCUCCCUAAAUUGGAGAAGUUCUUUUGUGAGUCUUGGAUAUCUCAGUGUGCCCCGUUGACCUUUGGUUUUGUCCCAUCACUUGGGCAAUUAGAACUCUCAUGUGGUUCAGUUUGUGAGGAAGACAUAUUUAAAUUAAGUGAGCUUCUACAUGGAGUAACAAGCAUACAUACUCUCUCAUUGGAUUUCCAAGCUUUGGUUGCAACCUGAAAUGGAGGAACUCCGCACCGCAUUCAGCAAGCUAAGGAAGCUGUACGUACGUAGGUGGUAUAUUUGUUGAAUUUGACAUUUUAUGGACAAUGGCCUUUCUUGUAGCAGCACCAUCUGUCGAAAUGUUACAUAUUGAGGUAUGGGAACAUACAUGCGAUUUGGGCGAGGCCAGACCCGCUUCCUACCUUGACAGGAGUCCAAAGUGGGAAAUGCACUUGGAUAGCAGCUCCGAGAACAAGCUUCUGAAAGAGCUAGAAUUCGCUGGAUUUAAAUCGCUAGAACAACAGUUUACAUUUAUAAGGUCCAUGUUGGAGCGAUCUCCCAACUUGCAAAAGAUAGUACUGAGAGAUGAUGAGCAGUGUGCUGAUUGUGACGCCCUUGAGGCACCUCGUCCUUCGAGAUUUCCACGCAAGGAGGAGGAGCAAGAAGUGGUUGUUAAGCGGAUUAGAGAUGGCAUGUUCUCGCCGGAGAUAAUUUUUCAUGGAUAAGGAAAGAUGACUUGUCUCAGGUCAAAUAAUUUUUGAGGUCAUCUUCAUCACCCUGGCGGUUUCCAUGACGAUGAGGGAGUAAUUCAUCCUCGGGGUUGAGGGUAUGUACCAGUAGCUAUGUGUUUGAUUCAGGGUUUAUAAGUCGACGAGUCGAAGACUUAACUAAUCUAGACUAGUCUAGAUUAGUGCUAACUAGUUAACAUGGUACUGUAGUACUCAGCUACUAAUACCUAGUGGUAGUAUGUAGUAUAUACUAACAGUACAUUAUGCAAUAAAACUAGCCACUAUCUAAAUAAUUGAGCUACGCAAUGUUCUGGGCCCAAGUGGGUAUGCAA